AUGGCAGUUGUACGCAGGUGCUCUCAUCACCGGAUUUGCAAGCAGUGGGAUCGUAUUGUGUCAUGUGGGUCACUAAAGGCACCGCUAUGCGACGUUAUGCACUUCACGUCUUCCACGUGGCCACCUCACCUUCACCCUCAACCAACUACCCAGACAGUGAGGCCCUUGGAAGUCUCAAAGGAAACCAAGGCACUAGUAGAAGAACCUGCAGUUGCUGUUAACCUUUGUGAAACUGCAGCAAAUGCAGCCACAACGGACCCCGCUUCAUCAAUGUUCUCCGUGCCUUCUCCAACUUCGGCCUACGUAACACACACGGAGUCUCAGGGUAGGAUGUCCAUUACUAUUCGCAGUGGUGACCGCCGCCAAAUGCUUAAGUUCCCAACGCAACCUGUUGAGCCUGUGAAGCGCAUUAUAUUCCUGCGCAACGGUAGAAGCCUGGCCAACGUCAACGUUUGCACGCACGUGACAACUCCUGAUUGGCGUAUUCCUAUAGUUCCUGAGGGUGAGGAGGAAUCUUAUGAUGCGGGCCGCCGGCUGGCUCAGCUCAUUGGGGAUGAGCCAGUGUAUUACUACCUUUCCCCCUACGUGCGGUGCCGUCAGUCAUUCAAGCAUGUGCUGCGCGGGUAUGAUGCCUAUAGAAGUGAGCACAAGAUGGAAGGUGAGUCUAUUGUUGGGGUGCGAGAGGAUGUUCGACUGCGGGAUGGAGACAUCGGACGAUAUAAGUCAAAGGGGGAGCUCCUGCACCAUCUAGCUGAAAGGGAAAAGUAUGGCAAGUUCUAUUACCGCUUUCCCCACGGCGAAAGUGGCGCUGAUGUGUGUGAUCGGGUUACAAGCUUCUUAGAUGCCUUCCAGCGGGAGCGGAUGGACUUUCCCAUGGACACAAAUGUGGUGAUAUUAACACACGGACAAACAAUCCGUAUGUUUGUGAAGCGCUGGUUUAACCUGACAGUUGACACGUAUCACUCCAUGGUGUCGCCCCCCACUGGGUCCAUUAGUACGUUGACGCGUAUGCAUCACCGCAGCUCGUUUCGGUUGGAUGAUGCUUGCAUCGAGUCGAUGCGUCUUCCCCCAUCGCUUAAUAAGUAUAACGGGUACAAAUAUCGCAACAAGCAGGUACUGGGAUCCAUGAGUACUGGAGCGCCUUUCAUGUGA